AUGUUCUUGAAGUCUAUUGAUACAUCAGGUCUUAGAAAAGAUUCUGAAACACUAUUUGACAUCUUUGAUAAAGUUGUUCAAGAAGUUGGAGUUGAGAAUCUUGUGCAGUUCAUAACGGACAAUGAUGCAAGUUAUAAAGCUGCAGGAAAAAAGUUACAGCAGAAGUAUGACUCUUUCUACUGGUCCCCUUGUGCAGCUCAUUGUAUAGAUUUGAUGUUGGAAAAUUUUUCUGAUCCUAGGCAUUUCCCUGUUAUUAAUGAAACUAUAAAAAAGGCAAGAAAGAUAACGAAGUUCAUUUACAACCAUGCUUGGGUUUUGGCUUUAAUGAGAAAAGACUUCACCAAAGGUCGUGAUUUAUGUCGUCCUGCACAAGGGAAGGAGAUAGUCGAGAUUGUUCUAGAAGAUAGAGAGUUUUGGGCUCAAUGUCAAUUUAUUGUAAAAAUUAGUGAGCCUUUGGUUCGAGUUCUACGACUUGUCGACGGGGAAGAGAAGCCUGCAAUGGGAUACUUGUAUGAUGCAAUGGAAAGAGCCAAAGGGAACAUAAAAGCGAGAUGUAAUAACAAAGUUAGUGUAUUCAAUCCAUUCAUCAGGAUCAUUGAUGCUAGGUGGGAUAAGCAACUUCACAGUCCAUUACAUGCGGCAGGUUGUUUUCUUAACCCCGCAAUUUACUAUAACCCUUGCUUUAAAAAUAAAAAUGAUGUUGCAAGAGGGUUUAUGGCUUGUGUCAUGAUGAUAGAACUUGAUAUCGAUAAUCAAGACAAGAUCAUUGAAAAACUUGAAUUGUAUAAGAAUGCAGAAGGCGAUUUUGGACAUUUUUUAGCAAUCCGCCAACGUGACAAAAUUAAUCCAGUUGCAUGGUGGACUAAUUUUGGUCACGAGGUUCCAACGUUUCAAAAGUUUGCAAUUCGAGAAUAUAAAAAAGGUAGAGAUGCUUUGGAUCCAAUCAAUCUUGAAAACAUUGACUUGAUGGAAGAAUGGGUGAGUGAAGACUCUGAGCUUAUUGAUGGAGAAGACUUGGAUUGGCUCUUGGAUCUUGGCAAUGGAGAUAAGAGAGUUUCUAGCUUCGGGUGCUUUGCUUUUCUUGACUUCGAUCUGAACCCCACAAAAGAGUGUUAA